AUGCGCACCCUGCACGGCCCGAGCCCUGGCCCUCCUCGCGGAUCACGGUCGACGAGGGCCUCCUGCAGCUGUGGCCGAGCCCGACUUCCGUCUCAUUACCAACGUAGGCUGCACACCACGGCGGCCUCUUUCUACCGAACCCCAGCACCAACUCUCCAAGCAAUAGCGGAACCGACACUGGAUCAGGCGUACGGGCCAAAGCAGUCACGGCCGCGGAUCUUUCGUGCCUGUCGGCCUCUCCGCUUUUCCGCCUGUCCUUCCGUCUCGACCCCUCCCUGGCCUGCCCUGUAUGGCCCGCGACAAGAUGUUCGCGAACAGCGUUCUCGGCACCAGCACAUCAACACAACCCGAAGAAGAGCAACAAGACAAGAUACAGGAGGCGGUCUCCCUGCAGCUGCCUCUUGCCUCAACCGCCCCGCCCCGCCCCAGGCCGCCGCCCACGCCGCAGCCCAUUUGCAGCCCCUUCCAUCCUAG